CCUGCGUCUCCUUUCAGAUUCGUGCCAGGCCAAGGCGUGGUAUUGUACCCCCAGAUCGGGGAUAAGUUGGACAUUGUGUGCCCCCGCGUGGACGGCGGGAUAACCGAUGGCGUGGAGUAUUACAAGGUGUACAUGGUGCCCAGGGAGCAGCUGGAGAGCUGCACCAUCACCAAGGCCGACACGCCGCUCCUCAACUGUGUCAAACCCGACCAGGACGUCAAGUUCACCCUCAAGUUUCAGGAGUUCAGCCCUAAUCUAUGGGGCCUGGAGUUCUUCAGGGGGAAAGACUACUACAUCAUCUCUACAUCUAACGGCACCAUGGAGGGCAUCGACAACCAGGAGGGGGGAGUGUGCAAGACCAAGUCCAUGAAGAUAAUCAUGAAAGUGGGACAAAAUCCCUCUGACCCUAUCUCACCCAAAUACAACCCCACCAGAGUACCCUACUCUCCCAAGCACCCAGACGGCAAGGACGACAAAACUAACGACGUGCUGGAAAAACCAGGUGUAGCGCCUAGAGAAAGCGACGCCAACAACACCGGGAAAUCCUCCAGCGUCAUCGGCUCGGAGGUGGCCAUCUUCGUGGGCAUCGCCUCGGGCAGCGUCAUCUUCAUCAUCAUCAUCAUCAUGCUGGUCCUGCUGUUGCUCAAAUACCGGCGGCGGCACCGCAAGCACUCGCCUCAGCACGCGGCCACGCUGUCGCUAAGCACCCUGGCCACGCCUAAACGGAGCGGAGGCGGCGGGAACAAUAACGGCUCGGAGCCCAGCGACAUCAUCAUCCCGCUUAGGACUGCUGACAGCGUCUUCUGCCCGCACUACGAGAAGGUCAGCGGCGACUACGGCCACCCGGUCUACAUAGUUCAAGAGAUGCCGCCGCAGAGUCCCGCCAACAUCUAUUACAAAGUCUGAGGUGGAACUUUUUUUUAAAAAAGCAAGAAACAAACUGGAACAAUCCCUGGGCAGAGCGGGUUUUUUUUUUUUGGUUCCGGCUGGCGCCGCCGGCACGCCUGCAAACGAACACUCUCGCUCUUUCUCUCUCUAUCUCUCUCUCUCUCUCUCUCUCUCACUCUGUCAACUCCUCCUCCUCUCCUCUGAUGUUUUGUCACUAUUUUUUUUCUUUAUCAAAAGUUUUGCUGAUACCUUGUCGCUCUGGUUUGUUCAUAGUCGGUGCGGAC